AAAAUCGUUCUUCAUGUUUGCCUGCAUUCGUCAAAGAGGGCCAAGAGGAGAGUGUUACGGCGACGCGUAGUAAUUGCUUUUAGCGUAAAGAUUAACGUUACUGAAGUUCUAUAAAUUUAGCUAUGGCGGAUGUUUUGGAUAUCGAUAAUGCUGAGGAGUUCGAAGUCGACGACGAAGGAGAUCAGGGUAUUGCUCGUCUCAAAGAGAAAGCGAAGAAAAGGAAAGGCAGGGGUCAUGGUGCGGAACUAGUGUCAACAAGAGACGACGUCGGUCAUUAUGAGUCCAUGAGUAUGGUUGAAGAAGAUGACAACGAGCCUGGCCCUCAAAGAUCUGUGGAAGGGUGGAUCUUGUUUAUAAAUUCAGUACAUGAAGAGGCACAAGAGGAUGAUAUUCAGGACAAGUUUUCUGAAUUUGGUCAGAUCAAAAACUUGCAUUUAAAUCUAGACAGAAGAACUGGAUUCCUGAAAGGCUACGCAUUGGUAGAAUACGAAACUUUCAAGGAAGCACAAGCUGCAAAGGAAGCUCUAAAUGGUACAGAAAUCUUAGGUCAGGCUAUCUCUGUUGAUUGGUGCUUUGUAAAAGGACCAAAGAAAAUCAGGAAAAGAAGUCACAGAAGGCGAUGAGUAUUAUAGAUUAAUGACUAUGAUCAUUACUUCUAUUAUGUAUCAUUAUUUUAUAUUUGAUAAGCAUUUAAAAAUGCUGGAAAUAAUGUAUAAGUUACCCUUUCCACUAGAAUUUUGCUCUUAUAUUAAUUAUCUAUUCAAAUGUAAACAACUUUAUAUGCAAUCAUUAAUUAAUAAAUAGAAGACCGUGAAUUUAUCCAGAUAUCAUUUGUUGUAUGAGCAAGAACAUUAAUAUUUCAUGUGAAUAUUUCAA